UCGAUCCGCUUGAUCGUCGGUCCUCGGUCCUUCCAUUUAUAAAUUGCAUUUUCCAACUUCGUGAACGUCGAUUUAUUUUUGCUUCACCCAAUUCAGUUUGUACCGACAUAGAGACAUCGAUCGGUCUCAAAUGUUUCAAUCCGUACAAUCAACUUUAUCUCUGAGUUCAUCAGGAAAAAUUAACAAAAUUAUAGUUAAUGUGAUUGCUUAUGAUCAAUUAACCUAAAUUAAUGUUUUAAUUGUGAAUUAUUUAUUUAUUUAUUUACUUCGGAGCUUUAAAUUAAACAGAUCAGAGAAAAAGUAUAUAUAUCGGCCGCGCGCGGGAGAAAGUGUGAUAAAACGCAUUGCAACGAAUCUGAAAACAAUCUAACUCAAUCUAGUCAAUGAUAGAAUUAGAAUUAGGAUGCCGUGUGAAAAGUGGUUCGAUCGGAAUUCGGUGUAAAUUCGAUUAAGUUCUUGCCGCGAGUGAUUGUGAUUCAAAGUAAAUAGAAAUAAAGUUGAAGGAAAAAGAGAGGAAAGUGCGGAAAGUUUCUAAAGUCGUAAUUGAAAUAUAAUAAUCUGAGUGAGUUGAAGUGUUGCCAUUCAUAUUGGUGGAUAACGACGUGGAUAUGGAGAACGGAGAAAAGGAUAAAUCAACUCUCAUCUACAUUGAUGACAAGGACCCUGUAGGACCAUUGGAACCCAAGUUUCCCGCACGUGAUGUUAUCAUAAAAAGAGGUGUCAAUGCCGAGAAAGAUUUCGAUUUGCUGAGUGAAAUUGGCAGGGGAAAAUUCGGAACUGUCUACAAAUGCAGGGAGAAGGAAACAGGACUGGAAUUGGCUGCGAAAUUCGUUCCCAUUCCAAAACGUGAAGAUCGACGCAACGUGGAGCGCGAAGUAGAAAUCAUGAAUUCACUCCAACACCACCUCAUUAUUCAGCUAUACGCAGCCUACGAGUGCCAGAAGAAGAUGUGCGUCGUCCUGGAACUGGUAGAGGGUGGUGAACUGUUCGAUCGAGUCAUCGACGAGGAUUUUGUACUCACGGAGAAGGUGUGUGCGGUGUUCAUGCGACAGAUUUGCGAAGCAAUGCAAUUCAUACACAAAAAUAAUAUAUUACACUUGGAUCUGAAACCUGAGAAUAUCCUGUGCCUGUCGCGCGAAGGAAAUCGAAUAAAAAUUAUCGAUUUCGGACUAGCCAGGAAAUUCGACCCGGACAAAAAACUACAGAUACUCUUCGGAACGCCAGAAUUUGUAGCCCCUGAGGUUGUGAACUUCGAUUGUAUAUCAUAUGGUACAGACAUGUGGAGUGUCGGAGUCAUAUGCUAUGUUCUUUUGUCAGGUUUGUCACCAUUCAUGGGAGAGACUGACAUCGAGACUAUGGCAAACGUGACUAUUGCCAAAUAUGAUUUUGACGACGAGGCGUUUAACGAUGUGUCGUCGGAGGCCCUGGAUUUUAUAACGAAACUUCUUGUUAAGGAUAUGAGUGCCCGUAUGACUGCCACCGAAUGUCUGGAGCACAAAUGGCUGAAGCGGAAACCUAAGCCUCCUAUACCACCGAAACCAGUCAACACACCCCCGCCGAAAUUCAUAACCACAUCACCCACGCCACCACGAGAAACUGGGCCAGUGGAAUUGGAGACAACAAAGGAUAAUCUAAAGAAUUUCAUUGAACGCUGGGAAGAACAUCCAAACAGUCCUUACGUGUUUGAUAAUGGAACGAACAUAAUAGCACCCCUGCGGGACGCCCGAGGAGACAGCAGCAUAUCGUCUAGAGCUGGUUCACCAUCUCCAUGCGACUCAAUUAGCACAACAACUGAAGACAUCGAAAUGCAACAAACUGAAUCUCCACCCGAAAAGGUGGAGAAACUUCCAAAAGUGGAGGAAGAUAAAAGUGAAACGCCAGUACCAGAAACUUUCAAGGAUUAUCUUCAAUCGUUCAAUCGUCGCAACUCAGAUACUAAUUACGUUCUAGGCAGAAAUCCAACGACCGAACGAAUCAACUUAGCAGACGAAAUCCGUAAACUCUCGGACCAUUUGCUUAUGCUAUCCGAAAUAAAUACGAAACUAGAGAAAGAAAUUCAUGAAGAAAAUGAUUCGAAAGUCCAAGAGAAUGGAGUGUCCGACAAAAAGACAGAAAAUAUAACAAUGAACGGUCUCAAUCGAUCACAAAGUUGCGUUGAUGACGAUAAAAUGAUAUUCAAAUCAACGACAUUCAUGAGAUCAUCGUCUGUGAUACGAACUACCCCUGAAAUGGAGCAAUUUUCAUCCUCAGAUGUGUCCAGUUCUAAUAAAGGCAAACGCAAAGUUAGUAUGCUGUCAAUACACUUACAGUCUCUGGACGAAACUCCAAAGAUCACACCAAACCGAACCCCCACUGAAAUCCCAGAAUCCCGGUCAAUUUCACCAAAAGUUAAAACUAAAAGUCGUUUUACAGAAUCAUUGACCUUCAUAAGGAAUUCUAGCGCCUCUGACAGAGGAUCCGGUGUACCUUGGCCAGUGACAAAACGUCGUGCCAAAUUCCGAGUGAACCAGAUGAGUCGAGAUGUGCCGGUAGGAUCCCCAGAUACCCAUCAACCCUUCAAUUUAGAGGAUGCUAACACCACCAAGGAUUGCCUUUUGCACCUUCUUGAGAAAUACCACGAUACAAGGACUACCUCUGCGGCAGGCUUUAAUGGCCGACAUUCAAGUAUUAGUUUCGAUUGGAAUAUGUCGGAUAAUUUGGAGCAGAAAUCUAUGAGCUCCAUUAAUGCAUUCUUUCGAAGACAUGCAACGCAAGGACGAAAUGUCCAACAGCUUCGAGCCCAGUUGGAGACGAAGUCACAGGAAUUCUAGUCAAAAUUGAAAGUGAAAUUUUAUAAUUUAUUUAAAAAGUGCUGUAAUUUAAUUUUUUAUUUUGAAGAAGAAAAUGUUAUGAAUGUUAUAUUUGGCGAAGAAUAUACAAUGA